UUCUGCCCAGUCGGGAUGGCAGACGCCACGGCCUCCCCGGUGGGGAAGCGGCUCCUGCUCUUGCUGGUAGCAGGUCCGGGCGAGGGAGAAGCGGCGGGUUCGGAGCCUGGGCCUGCUCUGCCCUCCCGGGCCUGGAGGAGCGGGACCGUGCGGGCUAUGAGUGGGGCUGUCCCUCAGGACCUAGCGAUAUUUGUGGAAUUUGAUCGGUGCAGUUGGAAGCAACAUGCUUGGGUAAAGGUUCAUGCAGAAGAAGUUAUAGUUUUGAUGCUGGAAGGUUCCCUUGUUUGGGCUCCUAGAAAUGAACCAGUUUUGCUGCAGGGAACCAGGGUGUCAGUUGAACAUUGGCCUGCAUUGACAUUCACUCCUUUGGUAGAUAAACUGGGUUUAGGGUCUGUGGUUCCAGUAGAAUCUCUUGUAGACCGAGACUUGAGAUUCCUGUCUGAUGCUAAUGGAUUACAUCUUUUUCAGAUGCCAACAGAAAGUCAGAGCCAACUUCUCCAACAGCAGCCUUUAUUAAGAGAAGCUGUCAAUGCAUUGAUUGGUGAUCAGAAGCUUCAAGAGAUCUUUAGCAGAGGACUUUACAGUAUACAGGGUCAAAGAGUUAAGGUGUAUCAGCCUGAAGAGGAAAUCAGCUGGAUCUCUGCGGUUGUGAGUUGUCAAGAUCCUCUCACACGUCUGAUGGAAGUGGUUUUGACUGAGACUGGUGAAAUCAAGUCAGUAGAUCCUCGACUGAUUCAUGUAGUGAUGGACGCAUCUAUUCAGAAUGAGGGGGGAUCCCUAAAGGGAGGUAAAUCCUCCAAAGGGAAAAAGAAGAGAGAGAGUUUGGAUGGGAAAGAUGGACGAAGAAGAAAAAAUGCUUCUGAUAUUGGUUGUGACCAUGCUACAAAGAAGCUAAAGGAGAGGGGCGAAGUAGAUUCUAAUGGAAAUGAUGGUGGCGAGGCAAAUAAAGGAGCAUGGAAGGGAAGCGGUGACAUGACUCUGGAUCCAAAGACCAAGCAACCUCCCCCAUUUGUUUCUCCAGUUAAUCGAAGUAUUCGCUUUGCCACAUACACGAAGGAGAAUGGACGAACUCUUGUGGUCCAAGAUGAACCAGUAGGUGGUGACACUCAUGCAAACUUCACUUCCUUUCCUCCAGCUUCUACACAAGCCCUUUUGAGUGGAGCUGGAAAUGAAGAGGUGACAAAAUCCUUAGAACAGAGCAGUCAAGAUCUAGCGGCAGCUCCUACAGUAAUUACAACAACUGGGACAACGCCAGCUACUGUACAGGUCUCGGAUACUGACCUGUCGGCAAUUUCUGGUCAAGAAAAGCAGAAAACAGGCCAUUCACAGAUCCAGGCAGAGAAUACCCAAAAUUCAGCAUCGGCUUCUGCAGGAUUUGGAAUGACGCAGUCGUCUGCAACCCAGCCUUUAGUAUUUGAUGAUGGGCAAAGCCAAUCCAAUGGCGUAUUAGCUUCAGAGAAGGCACCUGUUGGAUUUUCCUUUGGUAGUAACACUGGUCAUGAAGUCCAGCAAGAUACAGAUCCAUCAAAGAACUUGUUUUUUCAGUGCAUGUCCCAGAAUCUUCCCUCCAGUAACUAUUUCACAAAUUUGUCAGAAAAUCUAACUGAAGAAUCCCCAAAUCAGGACUCGUUAAAAAAAAGUCCAGAGAACCUGAGUUUGGGGAUCUGCAAAAGUAAAGGCCCCACUGGAGAAAUUAAUCCUGGAACUCCGUUGGGCACUCCUCCAGAACGGAAGCUACCGCUGGAAUCCAUGCCUACUCUUACUCCGGCUUUCCCACGAAACCUCAUCAGCACACGAACUCCUGAUAAUCAUGAAAAUCUCUUUUUACAACCUCCCAAAUUGUCACGAGAAGAGCCCUCCAACCCUUUUCUGGCAUUUGCAGAAAAAUCAGAACUUAGCCCUUUCAGUAGCUUUGCAUCUUCAGCUCAGCAGUCAGGAGCUUCUGCUUCUCCCUCUUCAGGCCUUGGCUCCAAGAUUGCUUCUGGCUGGCCAGAUUUGCACACCUCAACUGACUCUUCAGCAAAAAAGAAAAGCUUGUUUAUAAUGACAGAUUCCUCCAAGACGCUGCCCAGCGUGCCUAGUGCAACUCUCUUUGCUGGUGUUCAGAGUUCAUCUACUCUGGGGAAUGGCCGUUCUAGUUCGCCAGUUGGCAGUCUGACACAACCUAUUGAAAUGCCCACACUCUCCUCUAGUCCAACAGAAGAAAAGCCAUCUGUUGGGCCUGGGCAACAGGACAAUCCUUUAAUGAAAACUUUUUCUAAUGUGUUUGGCAGACAUCCCUGUGGCUUUUUCUCUCCACAGGCCGAGAUAGGACUGGAAAGCAAACCCCCCUUUGAAUCUGUAAAAAGGUUUUCUCUAGAUGAGCGGAGCAUGCCAUCUAAACAGGAUUCUGAUUCUAGCACCAAUAGUGACCUCUCGGAUAUGAGUGAUUCUGAGGAGCAACUGCAUACCAAAGCUUGUCUGAAGGGAAUCCCAGAGCAUUUGAUUGGCAAACUGGGUCCCAAUGACGAGCGGAAUGCUGAACUACUCAUGGGCAAGGGGAAGGGGAAACAAGCCCCUAAGGGCAGGCCUCGCACAGCUCCCCUGAAAGUUGGUCAGUCUGUACUGAAAGACAUGAGUAAGGUGAGAAAGCUGAAGCAAUCAGGGGAGCCCUUCCUCCAGGAUGGCUCGUGCAUCAAUGUGGCUCCUCAUCUGCACAAGUGCCGAGAAUGCCGGUUGGAACGCUACCGAAAGUUCAAGGAACAGGAACAGGAUGACUCUACAGUAGCCUGUCGGUUCUUUCACUUCCGCAGCAUGAUCAUUCGGCAACAGCUGCCCAGUAUGAAUCCCGGUGUACCAGGUCCUGCAAGUGAAAGCACAUUUUCCCGUGCUGCAGGGACAACUGAGAAUGAGCCAUUGGACACAAAUGCUCCAAAAUCUGAAACUGUAGAAGCCAAAGUAGAAGAGCCCAUUAAAGCAGAGGCUGCAGCUACCAGCAACAGUGGGGAAAUGAAGCCGAACAAAUCACUGUGUCCAGAAGCAAGUCCUUCAUCAGCAUUGCAUUGGCUUGCAGAUUUAGCGACUCAGAAGGCAAAAGAAGAAACAAAAGAAGCAGGUUCAUUGAGAUCAGUACUCAAUAAAGAAUCUCCAUCGCCUUUUGGUUUGGAUUCCUUUAACUCCAACACAAAAGCCUCACCUUUAACUCCAAAGCUUUUUAAUAGUCUCUUGCUGGGUCCAGUUGCUUCAAGCAACAAGACUGAAGGUUCCAGUCUUCGUGAUUUGCUUAACUCUGGGCCUGGAAAGCUGCCUCAGACCUCACUUGAUGCAGGGAUUCCUUUCCCUCCUGUUUUUUCUGGAGCUUCCACAGGGGCCAAGAGUAAAGCCAGUUUGCCAAACUUCCUUGAUCAUAUAAUUGCAUCAGUGGUGGAAAAUAAGAAAAUGACUGAUGCUGCCAAGCGAGCAAGCAGUGUAGCUGAUACACCUAAAGAAGUAAAAGAAAUGGUAAUGGGUUUAAAUGUGCUCGACCCACAUACUUCUCAUUCGUGGCUUUGUGAUGGAAGACUUUUAUGUCUUCAUGACCCCAGCAACAAGAACAACUGGAAGAUCUUCAGAGAAUGUUGGAAACAAGGACAGCCUGUUCUAGUUUCUGGUGUUCAUAAGAAACUGAAGCCUGAACUUUGGAAACCAGAUGCAUUUAGCCAAGAAUUUGGAGAUCAGGAUGUAGAUCUGGUCAAUUGUAGAAAUUGUGCCAUAAUCUCAGAUGUUAAAGUGCGUGAUUUCUGGGAUGGCUUUGAAAUCAUUUCUAAACGACUAAGAGCAGACGAUGGGCAGCCUAUGGUACUGAAGUUAAAAGAUUGGCCUCCAGGAGAGGAUUUUAGGGAUAUGAUGCCUACAAGGUUUGAAGAUUUAAUGGAGAAUCUUCCGCUUCCAGAAUAUACUAAAAGAGAUGGAAGACUGAAUCUGGCAUCUAGGUUGCCAAGUUACUUUGUGCGACCUGAUCUAGGCCCCAAAAUGUACAAUGCAUAUGGACUAAUAACAGCAGAAGACCGAAGAGUUGGUACAACUAAUUUACAUUUAGAUGUAUCAGAUGCAGUUAAUGUUAUGGUGUAUGUUGGAAUUCCUAUUGGGGAUGGUGCCCAUGAUGAUGAGGUGUUAAAAACCAUAGAUGAAGGGGAUGCCGACGAUGUUACAAAACAGCGAAUCCAUGAAGCAAAGGAGAAGCCAGGGGCACUGUGGCACAUUUAUGCUGCUAAGGAUGCUGAAAAAAUCAGGGAGCUUCUUCGGAAGGUUGGUGAAGAACAGGGGCAAGAAAAUCCUCCUGAUCAUGAUCCAAUCCAUGACCAAAGCUGGUAUCUGGACCAGGUCCUUCGUAAGCGUCUGUACGAGGAAUAUGGAGUGCAAGGUUGGGCAAUCGUGCAGUUCCUGGGAGAUGCUGUAUUUAUUCCUGCAGGGGCUCCACAUCAGGUUCAUAAUUUGUAUAGCUGCAUUAAAGUGGCAGAAGAUUUUGUAUCUCCAGAACAUGUGAAACACUGCUUCCGUCUGACUCAAGAAUUCAGGCACCUAUCUAAUACUCACACAAACCAUGAGGAUAAGCUGCAGGUGAAGAACAUUAUCUACCAUGCAGUCAAAGAUGCUGUUGGCACACUGAAAGCUCAUGAAUCCAAACUGGCUAGAUCUUAGGAAUGGAUGAUUCUGACCCCCUCCCUCCCCCGGAGUUGUUUUGUUUUGGUUUUUUUUUUUUGCUCACAGUAUAGAAAGGGGAUGCACGUGGCUGCCUCUGAAGGACUCUGAAACCUCUCACUAAGAGAUGCCAUGGCAUUCAUUACACUCUCCAGCCACUGCCUAUAUGCUGCCUCAGUCUUGAAUAUCUAAUAGAUGGUCACAAUAAUAUACAGAAUUCCUGAAGAACGAAGGGUGCCGAGUCCCUUUCUGGUGGCCUUUUGCAAAUUGAAAUUGUAUGGAAACCAGGUGGUAUUCCUGCAUAUGAUGAAUAGAAAAAUGUGUGACUCUUUUUUCAUACCUAAUUAGUCUUUCCAGUAAGUUAGGAAGAAUGAUGCAAGGUUGGACAUUUUAUUGAAGACCUAAACAGCUUGCUCUGAAUGAUUAUACACGCCAGCAUCCUGGCUGCAAGAACAUGAACAUGAGACCUCCUUCUCUGACAUAGCUAAGGAAAAAAGAAAUUGUUCUUCAUGCUCCCUUUAAGAGUUCUUUAUACACUGUAGAAAUGCAGAAACACAGAGAGAAACCACUGAUUUUCCCAGAGGGCUCCAGGAUUUUUUAAAAAAAUGUGUAUUUAGUGAAAAACUAGGUUUGUAGUGAAACAGUAUUUCAUGAAAGUAGAUAUUUUUAGAAUUUGAAAUACCACAACAGUUCCUGGACUACAAGGAAAGGCACAUUGUGUUUAGUCUUCCUUUCAAUAAAACUUUUCCAGAAAUUAUUCUUAGAAAUAAUUCCCAAUAGCACAAUUGGCCCGAGGAGAGCUAAAAAUAAUUUUACUUCCAAUACAAAGAUAUAAAGGGGGGAAAAGAACUUUUAUGCUUUGGAGGUGUUGUACAUCUCUCCCUAAACUGGUAAAUACCAGUUGUCAGUUUUAGAUUGGGACUACUGCUUCCCAGAAAUAAUUUUCAAUAUCAGCUUUGUCCAGAAAUAUUUUCAGUAAAAUGUUCCUGCUUGAUAGAGUUGUAUUCAGAAUUGUCACCAUUGAACUGAUGGAUUCCAUUGUUUUACUGUUCAUUGGGACUGUAUCUACCUUCUAUCCAGCUGUACUGUAGUGCCACCUGCAGGCCUGUUAAUAUGUUCACGGUUAUUUCAUUUUUUAAAAAAUAAAAGUCAUUUACUGUA